GUUAUCGAACUUUGGUGAUGUUUAUUGAUAUAGGGAUUCCCGUGGGUUGCACUUGUCAGAGUAGGCCGUGAACAUAAACAGGUAUACAUAGAUAUAUUUGAAUUGUCAGAAUCGAUCACAGUAUAUAUUGAACGGCUCAUACACAUAUAAAACAACAGUGACACAGACUCGACGUUGCAGACAAGAUGUUUUUGGCAGCCAGUUGGUGUUUGGGCCGCUUCAUGUGGCUACUGCCAAUAUUUACUCUGGGUUGGCUUUUUGUUUCCAUGGCAACAACGUAUGGUAUUGCUGUAGCUUUGAAUCACACAUUUCCAAACUUCCCAUACAUCAGCUAUACUGGAGUGGAGGUCCCAGAAAGAGGAAUAUUCACAUUCUCGAUAGCAGUCACAGCAAUUAUGCUUGCUGCGAAUGCAGAAAUGCGCUUCCUGUUUGUGAAGAAGGUGUUCAGUGAGAAGGAGAUGAACAAAAAAUGGAAGCAGACGAACACGGCAGGCCUUAUUUUGGGUCUUAUUUCCUCCUUCGGUCUUCUGCUCGUUGGUUGCUUUCAGGUUGACGUGAUGAAACCACCACAUUAUUUCGGUGCCUUCCUCUGCUUUGGGGUUGCUAUCGUGUAUCUAUGGUUACAGACAGUUAUAACAUGGAAGCUUAGACAUGUUGCACAGAAAACACAAGAUGGCAAAGUUUGGAGGGCCAUCCGCCUUUUCAUCUGGAUAUGGCAGAUUUUGAACAGUGCAGCUUCCUCUAUUUUACUCAUCUUGUUUUCUGUGUCAAAAGCAACAUAUAAAAUGCAGAGAAAAGCAAAUAUGGGAACAAAAUGGGACACGCUCCGGGGAGUGUUUUUGUUAUCCACCACAACAGAAUGGUUACUCGCCUUCUCUAUCUUGUUUUUUGUGCUAACAUUUAUCCCUGGCUUCAAACGUUUGAAAGACAUCAAAGUAAGAGUGACUCUGGACAAAGGUGACAAGUCCAACCCCGUGUCCAAUGGAGACCCAGAACAGAUGUGCAUAUUGUCGAGACAGGAGGAUCCAAUUGUUAUUUUUAAAGAUGAAGUGGAUCUAAGAAGGCACCAGACCAUGAAUAUGAAUGAAAGAACAACUUUAACAGAUGAAAAGGUUUAGGAGGCAAAUUGAUAUAGAGGCCGGCAUACAGUGUAAAAUUGCCUGAUGGUGUGUCGUCAUCAAAGAUAGAAGAGUCAGACCCACAGGAGCGUAUCUAACAGAACUCCCGGCAAAAUACUCCAAAAAUUCUGGUACCGAGGUCUUGCUUUCACCAAUAUAGUCACCGAAUGUUGAUUACGAUACAUUACAUUAUGAUACAUGUCUAUUUUCUUCUCAAACUUGAGUGUAUUUUGAAAACAUGCACAGAAACAUUUAUAUUGUCUUUUGAUAUCCUUAUCUAAAUUUUCCUUUAAUUAUACCCCCCGCAAUAAGUUGUGUGUGUGGGGGGGGGGGGGGGGGGGGGGGGUAUACUGGAAUCGGGUUGUCCGUCUGUCUGUCCGUCCGUCUGUAGACGCAAUGGUUUCCGGGCUCUAAAGCAUUAUCCUUUCCACCUACCGUCACCAUAUCAUACAUAUGGACUACCCAUGGGAUGAAGAUGUUCCCUAUCGAUUUUGGGGUCAAAAGGUCAAAGGUCAAGCGCAUUGGACAUCGAAGUAGCAAUAUGGUUUCCGGGCUCUAAAGCGUUAUCCUUUCCACCUACCGUCACCAUAUCAUACAUAUGGACUACCCAUGGGAUGAAGAUGUUCCCUAUCGAUUUUGGGGUCAAAAGGUCAAAGGUCAAGCACACUGGACAUCGAAGUAGCAAUAUGGUUUCCGGGCUCUAAAGCGUUAUCUUUUCCACCUACAUUCACCAUAUCAUACAUAUGGACUACCCAUGGGAUGAAGAUGUUCCCUAUUGAUUUUGGGGUCAAAAGGUCAAAGGUCACGCACACUGGACAUCGAAGUAGCAAUAUAAUUCGGUUUGUCAUGCCAUUUGUUUUUUACACUCAGAAAAGAGGUAGUUUAUACCUAUUACCAACACCCUUUGGGAGAUUGGGGUAAGCGGGGGGUAUUCUUAGUGAGCAUUGCUCACAGUACCUCUUGUUUUCUUUUUUAAGUUCAAGGAUUAUGAAACUUUUUUCCUGUAUCUGUGUUGUAAUAAAACACUAAUGCUUAUAUAUGGUCAAAAAAUGGCAUACUUCAGUUUUGGUGUUUAAUAUAAAACAUAAUGUGCAAUAGUUUGAUAAGAGAUAGGUCUUUUCUGGGUGAGAUUGCAUAAAGUGAACUAUUUUUGUAUGGGUAUUUUUGACAGAGUAUAUUUCUCUCAUUAUCUUGCCCGAUUAGCAGAUAGUUAAUGUUGUUGUUAAUCAGUCAGUGAUGUAUGGUACCUUUUAUUGCUGUUAAUGGUUGACUAGAUGUGUCUUUUGAGAAUUCCACCAAGUACUAAAUUUUACUACAUUAGAUUUUUCUACUCCCUGUGCUGUGCAAGAUCCUCCCUCUCAUCAAAUUAUUCCCACCAUGGCAACACAUUUGUAAACAGUUUAAGUAAAGGCAAUAAAAUUAAUAUGGAGGAAGACUCCUGUAGGACUCAAUAGCUGCAAUAAUGAGGCCCUCUCCUAUUUUUUUUUAAUCUGACGUUUUCGGCCAAAAAAAAGUUUUGGAGAAGGCUACAUAAUUGCAGCUAGACUGUGAACUACAUGUUGUAUAUACAAUAUUUUAUUAUUAUUGUCAAGUUUAUUGUUAUGGUUUUGUUUAAGUUUUUCACGUAUCUAAAGUUACAGUAUGUUUAUUUUUGAAAUUGCAUUGUAACAAUGUUUGAUACUUGUCUUAAUGUGAGUGGAUUUAUUUUAUAAAAUUGUCUUCUUUUUUUACCAGGUUUAUCACUGAUUUCAUAUCUUUUAGUUUUUGAUAUGUUCAACUUCGUGCUCAAUACAGCUGUUGUAAAAAUUUAUAAACCCAUUUAUGUAAUGACCUCAGAUUCGAGAUACUAGUAUUUGACCAAUAAACGAUAAAUGUGUAUAGAAAUUUACAAAUAGAACUGGUGCUGCUCGAUUUAAUCCCAAAUAUAUUUCCCAUCUUGCAUAGAUUUUCCUGUAAUACAAUUUUCAGACUUCUGUAACUAAGGAAUAGUUGUUAUUUGUUGUCAAAAUUGGUAUAGGUGUUGUUUAAAGGAUAUUUAAGCAUUCUUCAAAGAUGAAAAUACAGUUCAACUUCGAUAUCUGGAACACCGAUAUAUUAAAUACCAUGGAGAUGUCGAAAGGAUUCGGAAGUCCCAACCAAUUAUACUCUUAAGUAUUUUACCCUCGAUACCUUGAACUCUCAGAUAUCUCAAAGUUUUUUCUCGGUCCCAUUGAGUUCGAAAUAACGAGGUUUGACUGUAUAUAUAUAUAUAUAUAUAUAUAUAGGCAUUUAUUUAUUAUCCCAAAUGUUUUUCUCUUCUUCAAGCAAUUUGAUUAUUCAUACAAAAACAAAUACCAGAUGAUGAAGUAAAUAAGUUCUUCCCAUUUUUGAAUCAUGCAAGACAGCAAAUUUUGUUUUCAUUCAAGAUAACUGAUGUACUGCUAUUAAUUAAACUUAAAGCUUUAUCUUUUUUAGAGGUGUAAAUAUUUGUACAUUAUCCAUUAUUUAUCAUGAUUAAGGUGGUUGUGGCAUUUUCAGGGACAGCAUUUUAACCAUAUGGAAGUAGAUCAAAAACAACUGAUAUAUAAAUAGUACACCCAUUUCUUGACAUUUUUUAAGAAUCGCUUCAAAAAAUGGGUUUGUGACACACUUUGCCCCCAAGCAUGGCUAUAUCUGAUUUUGGCGGCCUUCACCUGGAUGAAUGAUUAUUGUUGUCACUUUGACCUUUUGAUUUAUUAAGUAUCUUAUUUUAUAUAAUUAUCCAUACUUGUAAGCUGCAAGAAAUAGACAGACCUAAAAUGGUUUGUUUUUAGAUUUACAAUCUAGUGAGGACAUGAUAAACACACUUGCAGAAGUCGCUGGUGUUCCAGCAUGUUUUUAUGAUUUUAAAAAGUGAUAAACAUUGUGUUUUGCAUUAAAGAAAAUGAAUUUGGUGAAUGUUCAAAUUUUAUACAGCAGCAUUUUAUAUUCUUUUUAAGAUUUUUAACUCGGUUGUGAUUAGGAUGAAUGUGGUAAUUUGGUUUUAAGAGACAUUUGUUUUCUUCUCGAGGCACGUGUUAAUUCGUACUACACCCUAAAGAUGUGCCUAUCAAGAAUUCAGGUACCCACGUGCCUUAGUAGACAUAAAUGUUAUCGUUAAGAGUUUAUCAAUCCCAAAGUUCUUUAUUUAAGACUCUGAAAAUAUGUAUUAUUGUGACUGUGUAUGUGUUUCUAUGGUAGUGUUUAAAGAAUUGUUGAGAAUGAGAAUUGGCAGUGUUUGUUAGUUGUUGCUGUUAGCAGAUUUUUAUUCAUGUUGACAAUGUAUGAAUCAUGCAUAUUUAUGUAUAUUUAAAGGAAAAAUCAACCCAAUUAAUAUGUGUUUUCUGUAUUAUUGUAGUUGGGUGGUUUUCCCCCAGCCUCAGCCUUUUUUCAACAUUAAGCACCCACUGCCCAUAUGUAAGCAAUUUCUAAUGCAAUAGUUAGAACUUAAAAUGGUUUAACUUUAAUUUCACUGCUGUUUUGUAUUAAAUGUUUUAACAUGUCAUGCACUGCUAUAAGUAUACAGAAGACUGCUUCAGAAGCCAAGCUGAACCAAGCUGUGAUGGAGCUUCUGUGUAUGUGUGUGGUUUUUAUUUCAAAUGAUGCACAUUAUUUUCAAAUUCUUCUUGCCAAAUGUUCAUGGGUUCAGAGGAAAUAUGUAUGAUUGUAUUCUUGUGUUUAUGUCGUUAUGAUUCAUGUGCAGACAUUUUAUAUUUGCUGUAAUGGUUAUGAAGAUCAAGAUUUUGACUCUGUUUAGUGAAAUAGAUUGUCAUAUUUUAAACACAACCAAAUACCAUAGAAUAUAUUUUAAUUCUACUAUAUUAUAUAAGAUAACAGAAUGAGACAUUUGGUCCAUGACAUUAUUUUUUUUUACUUUUUAGCUCACCUGAGUCAAAGGCUCAAGUGAACUUUUCUGUUCAAAAGUUGUGCAUUAAUUAUCAAGAGUAUCAUGAAUGGAAUUCAAGGUUUAGCAUAUAAAGGGCCAUGUCCCCUUCCAAAGAGAGAUAAUCAUAAAAUUAGAUGGGGCAUUUUAAGAAAAAGCUCGAGAAUUACUGAACCAGAAAAGUUAGGAUUUUUGUUAAAGCUUCGUAAUAUGGUGGUCAGACGAGUUCCAUCGCUGCUGGCCAGACAGCUCAGUUGAUAGAGCACCUAACUAGAGAUUCAGGGGGACUAGGUUCAAAUCUUGGUCUGAUCCGUUGCAUUUCUCCCUUUCUGUUACAGUACAUAAUAUAAUGAAGUUUCAAAAUUGUUAAACUUAAAACCAGACAGAACCACAAAUGGGGAUCCACGCUUUACAUAGCAAUCUAAAGGAAAUUUCUUUUAAAAUCUUUUUCAAAAACCAUAAAGGUACAAUAUUUAUAGGUUAUAGACUUUGUAUGGGAAAAUAUGACGACCGAGUUUUUUGGUGCGUAGACGGACCGAGCUUGCAAGGUCCGUUCGCGACAAAAAACGAGGUCGUCAUAUUUCCCAUACAAAGUGUAUAACCUUUUUAUUAUAUACUUUCAAUUUCAUUUAGAAACUAACAAUAAUUUUAUUUUUAACAAUAACUUUAUCGGUUUAACUGAGUAAAAGAUGAAAAACACGAAAAAUUUGAAAAUUAACAGCGUAGAAAUUUGAUUGUGACGUAAUGUUUGCGGGCCGGAAUGUUUCCGGGCAUAUAUCGUGUGAUAUAUGCCCGCAAACUUUUAAAGAAAAAAGAAGAGAUGAAAUUGAAAGUAUAUAAUAAGAAAUAUUAACAUUCAUGUAUAUACACUCGGUAGAUUUUUUAUUCAUCAGAUAUGUGGUAGAGUUUUAAAUGUAAGCGUAAAUGACAUACAUCAGUUAGCUGUCCUUGGCAUGAUGCCAAACUACAAUUUGGUUGGGUGGCAUAUUGAUUGCAGAAAAGUGUCAAUUUUCCCCAAUCUAAAAUAUUUGUCAUCUUCUAAAUGCAAAAAUAAAAGUUUUUGUAAAUUUUCCAAGAUGUUUUUCAGUGAAUUAUCGAAAGAAACAAACUCCAGACUUUUCCACCAAUCAAAAAAAUCAAGUGACCACCUGUCGUUGGUAUUCCAUUUAGCAUUUCCCCUUUAUGUUAAUGUGUGUAUCAUAGCCUCAUAAGGCAUUCUACAGUUACAUGUAUAGGUCUGUUGAUGUUCAUGUAAACAGUGAUAUUGUUUGGAGAGAUGACGAUCGCAGCUUUGUAGGAAAUUUGCAUUACACACUCACUGGAAUACACAUCAUGACCACAAAAUUAUACACUUCAUUGUUUAAAUGAAGGCACCUUCGUUUAUUAAUGAUUGAGGUCCGGGGCCCCAUGGCUUGGAUGUGGAUGUAAGAGGGUAUAGAUCUUCGUUUAUUAAUGAUUGAGGUCCGGGGCCCCAUGGCGUGGAUGUAAGAGGGUUAGAUCUUGGGAUUAUUUGGAAAUUUACCCCCAAAAAUUUCUUUGAAAUUGAUAUGCAAGCAUCUUCAUGUAGUGUUCAAUUAAGUUUGUACAUACCAAUAUGACACCUAGGCCAAAGGUCAAGCCACAGUUUGGCUGCAAAUGUAAUGAAACUUAUUUAAAAUCAAAUAAAAAAUCAAAAUGGUAGUUGAGUAUGGUCGAGUCAAUUUAUCAAGAUGCAAGAUAAUUUAUGAGGCUAUACAUAUUUAUGGUGGUGCCGUAAUUAGGAUUUCGAGUUUUACACUAGGAAAUGAAUUGCUUGGGUGAGUGAUCUGGCCCAUGGGCCUCUUGUUUAUCCUUUACAUGAAUUCCCCCAUUAUACAAUAACAUAUUGUGUAAUGUACUCUAGCUUUUUAUAUAGAUCCAAUAAUUAUUGACCUCUGCAAUUGCCAAAAAAAAAAAAAAAAAUCCCCACAUUGCUCAUAAUGUGUAUCACUUCAUGUCAGAGAAUACUAUAUACUUUAUUUGCUGUUUUCUUUGUAUCAAAUGAUACUGGUAGUGUAGCAGUAUACAUAAGACCUGGUGUAUGUUUAUAGUCUCUGAAUCAAUCUGGGUGGAGGCAGUGUGUUCUAUAUAAUUGUGACGUGUUCAUUUGAUAAGUUGUUUGGUAUUAAGUUUUGCUUCAUUCUCAAUCUUGAGAUUUAAGAUUGAAAUGUGCUCAGGGCUAUUCCAGCAAAGAAAAAAAUAUGGGGGGAGGGAAGGCACUUUAUUUUUAAGACCGCCACCCAUAAAAUUAAAUUUUCCUCUGCUACCACCACUCAUACAAAUAGAUUCUCCCCUGCCACUACCACCCAUACAAAUAGAAUUAAGAAUUCAAUACUGAAAUCACCUGUAUAUUAAGAUUUUCCUUUAAAGGUAGAGUUCAGUUUCAACAAGUUCAUAUUGGUCUUAAUCCUAUGUGCAUGCAACUAUUUUUUAGAUAAGCCAGAAUUUGUGGUGAUUUAUAUGAACAAAUUACCCGACUUUAGAUGAAUUUUCAGACUACAUUAAUGUGAAUAAAUAUUCAAACAUUGAUAUUGUAAUUUGUGAUCCAUUCUCUAGCCAAACUCAGACUGUAAUGUCAUCUUAAGCAUGUUGAUUUUAAUAGUUAACAGAAGGUUCGCUCAUACCAAAAUUAUUACACUACCGUAGUGUCCAGUUGUUUAGCAUUUGGUCUUUUAGCCGUGUUGUAGGUUUGAACCUUGCCCUUGGUAUAGGCCUAUGUGUGUUAAAACAGGUUGUACAUGUUGGUGUUUCAGACAUCACAACAUUCUGAGAAAAUUUGGGCAUUUUUAAAAAAAACUUUACAUGAGUACGGAUAUCAUUAUUACCUUGAAAGACCUGACAAUAAUUGCCUAAGCCAUUGGCUGAAAAAAUGUGGAAACGCAUUUCGGUGGGCUUAUGGCUGCAACUUCUUUUUUAACUCGUACAUAUAUUUUCUUCUCGUUCCCUUUCGAGUUUGCUAAAAAUAUCCCUUAAUAGAUCAUAUCUGGAGAUGGUGUUACUUCUAAUCAUGUCACUCCCAACAGAAAACAUUUUGUUUUCAUUUAUUAUUGUUGUCAUUUCUACACAAACUGAAACAUUUUUUUUGAAUAGUUAUCUGCCCAUUUAUCAAUCUUUUUUCGUACAUAAUGUAGGAUGGCUCCGCUUUUCUUCUUCCUCUUCUUUUAAAAUGAAAGAAAUUUAGCAACAGGAUACAGACUCUGUAAUGUCUUCAUUUUUAUCAUAAUUCACUAGCACCCAUAUUACUUUUAACCUAGAAGACAACCACCCAUACAAAUACAUUUUCCCAACUCACCACUACCCAUACAAAUACAUUUUCCCAAAUCACCCCCACCCAUCCAAAAAAAUAUCAACUGCCUUCCCUCCCCCCAUACAUUUUUUGCUGGAAUAGCCCUAUCUCAGAAGCUGGUUGUAUUCAUUGUAACUGUUGGUAACUAUAAGACUCAUGAGAGCAUGUUAGAUCAUUCAUUGUAACUGUUGGUAACUAUAAGACUCGUGAGAGCAGGUUAAAUCAUUCAUUGUAACUGUUGGUAACUAUAAGACUCGUGAGAGCAGGUUAAAUCAUUCAUUGUAACUGUUGGUAACUAUAAGACUCGUGAGAGCAGGUUAGAUCAUUGUAACUGUUGGUAACCAAGACUCGUGAGAGCAGGUUAGAUCAUUCUCUGUUGUAUCAGUCAUCCAUCUUUUGUAUGUACAGGUAGUUUGUAUUAUAUAUACAAAUUUUUAAGUCAAUAAAUUUAUUACUAUUUUA